CGCUGUUCAUCACAACUUACGGUUGAACUGACUCGUCUCCAUCUAUCCUCCUUGGGGCGACAAUUACUUACUAUCUCUCUCUAUCUCACGGUCUGAACUUUCAUCUAUCUUCCCACUAGUGGCCCUCUCGGGUCAGAGGUCUGUCGGUCAUGGACCACUUCAAACGUCCAGACGGCAUCUCUGCCCCGAACGCCUCCAAUCCCACCACGAUCGUCCCACGCGCCACUGGCCCUCUCCCUUCAUACCCUACUUCUACUUCUACACUCUCCUCCGCCUCGUCGAUCGCUCCUGCGAUCCCCGCUUUCCCUUUGACUUCUUCUUCUUCUUCUUCUUCUUCCCUUCAUCAUGCCCCUGCCCCAAUGAUGGAGAUUGAUAAACACUCCCUGGCGGAAGAUCGUUCUCGUCGAGCUACCAGUGUCCUCUCCAUGGAUGACCUUGAAGCUGCCCAAGCUUUAGAGGGCCUUCGUUCCGACUACGGUCACUCCCGUACCCCCUCCCACACUCAAUCCCUCAGUCCCGAAUCUCAACCCCAAUCCGAACCCCUCAUCUCCCUCUUGACCUCCACCCAUCCCCUGAUCUCCUCCGCCAUUCACGGUUCCGUUUCCGCGUACACCACCUCCAAGUCGUACUCCCCCCGUUUCAAGUCGAGCGCCGAGUUCAUCGAGCGCAACAUCGGCUCUCCCGUCGCCAACACCGUAGGCUCCGUCGGCCGGAAGACCGGAGUUGAGAGCGGUCUUCGCUGGGCCCUCCAGCGCAAACCCUCGGAGCGCGAUUCGAAGCGGUCAAAACGUCGCAAGGUGGGCGGCGAGAACCACCCGACUACGGAUCCGGACGUGGAGAAGGGUCCCGACGACGCGUUGGACGAGCCGCUCCGCAGCCCGUCCGAGAUGUCCACGGCAGAGACCCUCCCACCGUACGAUGACCUGAGAUCCCCCAAUUAUGAGGAGAUCGGCCGGGACCAUCCCUCCCAGCGGAAUCCGACCUGGCAGAGCCGACUGGUGAUCUCCACGUCGGGACUGGGGGUUGCGAUGAGCGAGGAGUCGCUGCGCAGCCUGCAGUACUGCCUGACGUGGCUGCGAUGGGCUAACGGACGACUGGGGAAGGCCAUCCAAGCGCUGCAGGCGGCUCUGAAGGAGUGGGACGCGGUGCGGCAGGAGAGCGGCGACGGCCAGAACCAUACCCUGUUGACCCAGCGCAUCCAGGCCGUCAAGGCCGAUGUCCUACAGACCUUGAAACAGGUCGUGGAGAUUGUGUCCAAGUACGCCGGUGGCGCCCUCCCCGACAAUGCGCGCAACCUGGUCCGUCGACACCUGACCUCCCUGCCCCAUCGCUUCCAGGUGGCGUCGAACUCCCACCCACCGCCCGACUCCAUGGAGGCCUCGUCCGACGACACCCUCGGGGCGCACCGCAUCCUCGUCUUGGCCCAGGAGGGUCUCGACAUGAUGGGUCAGGUCAGCGGCGUCGUCAACGACACGCUGGUCAGCGCGGAGCACUGGUGCGAUCGUCUGGGCCGGAGACGCCCGGACACGAAGACCCCGGACACCGUGGAACAGCCUGCCUCGAAUGGGACAUUCCCGGCCGAUGUGAAGCCGCCGAUCACCGAGCCGCAGAUCUCUGAGCCACAGGAUCUCCCGAUGACGGGGACGGAUGAGAAGGUUUAGCCUUAUCUAUGGGCUACGACGGCAUUCAGUCGCUUGCGUCGCAAUCAUUUCGGAGUACAGAGUUGUUCCUCGUUCGACAUAUUCACCCUACCCCCCUCCCCUCCCCCCCUCCCAUACCCCCACUCCCUUGUUAUUCCCUACCCUUGAUGAUUUUUACAGCCUGAUUGAUAUCCGCAUGUAUAUGGGACAGGAAGACCGGAAGGCGUUUCCUUUGGCUUAUGAUGAUUGAUUAAUUUGAUACCUCGUUUGAUGACAGCAGACCCACUACCUCUGAAUGUCAC